UAUUGCGCGUAUGUUCGCAUAUGUGUGCGUACGUAAUUUUUUUCAUAGUCUCGCGUCGAAGCGAACUGCAUGUGGUAAUCUAACACCAGUCACGUUUUCGAACGACAGAAUCAUCGAAUGAUUGUAGCCGUUGGAUCGUACUUUCUCGAAUCUUCGUCAAUAGGCUAUGAAUGAGAGAUAGGAAGAAUUUUAUGUUAGAUUUUUACGUUAGACCAGCACGACACGAACCGUUGAUCAAGUCACGACGAAGCGAGUUUAUUUCAAUCGCGGGUUUAUUUGGCAAAAAAUUAAUUCGCAUCGCGCGUAAGGUCGACGAACCUCGUGCACGACUCGUGCGGAUGAAUGAAGGAAAAUCUAGGGUACUUCUUUAAGUUAAGUUAGGUUAAAUCCAGUUGGCCGCGACUUCUUUCGCCAGUUAUUGCUGCCGCUGGCUCAUUGUCAGAUGGCGGACUAUUAUUAACUCGGCAACUAACGUUCGUGCCGACGUGAAUCCUUCGGCGCGUUCCUCGCGAGUCUCGCAGAGAGAAUUCUGUUGGAAACAGUGGAAAAUUGUUUACUAUGUCGCGUGAGAUAAAUUCCCGAUACUCGAGGAUGCCAUGGAUUGCUGUAUCGCCAGUCCAAAUUAUAACUUGCAAAUCACGGGGGCAUUUCCUAAUGUCUCUAGCCCUGAAAUGUUUGACAGUGAUGGUGAAAAUGAAAUAACUAAGAGGAAAGUUACAGUAUCAGCCAAAGACCAUACACUAGCGGCGAUUAGCCCUCCGAAACCUUCCCAGGCUGAAUUGGUUGUGAAGUCAGAUAAUUAUAUGCUAGCUAGAAUUAAUAAGUAUUUGAGCGGUGUCCCACCACCGCCGAAACAUACAAUUUGUCAGAGCAACUGUUCUGAUUUACUCCAACGUAUUCGUGAAAACCGUCAAUUAUUCUGGACUAAUUAUCCAUUGUCGAAUGAAAGUUCCGAUGCAAAACCUGCGAAACAAGCCACUUCGGAAAUUAUUAAUAGAAAUACUUCCUAUCAAUGUACAAAGGGUCCUUCGAGGAAUUUAACAAAUGCUUUUAAUGCUUGUGAUUUAUCAAUUAAUGCAGGUAGCACUGAAUUAGGUGCGAAUGGUGAUAAUGGUGAUAGUGAUAAUUUAAGUUUACGGUACAAUCCUUCUGAAGAGACCAAAAGUUCAGUGAAUGUGAAGAAACAGACAAUGAGAGUUCCGUCGAUUGAGGAUAGCUCAAAUGUAGCUGAAAAACGAUCUCCUCUUUUAUAUCACACAACUAGCGAAGUAGAAGCUACAGCUUUAACAUGGCCUCAGGCGUUCUCCCAUAAAUACCACGGCAUACACUACAACAGAAGCAGGACUGUGGAAGACUUUGAGAAUUUAACGGUUAAAUUAUGUGAGAGGUACAUAGGAGCGGAAACACAGUCAACCUGUAAUAUAUGGUUUUCGAAGCAACAAACGGGAAGCCCGAGGAAGCGAAGUUUACUGGGCAAGCGCGAGAACGGCCUGAGCCCGGGAAAGAGAUUGACUUACUUAGCCAGAAGACGCAGGACUUUCUCUAGCGCUAAUUUACAAGGACUGGGCGUCACCGACAAGAGGCAGUUAAUGUUACAGAUUAAGAAACCUACAUGCAAAAAGAGAAAGAGUCCCACUAAAGGUAAGAGUCCCAGAGGUAAGAGCCCCCGGGGGAAGAGCCCGCGAGGAAAGAGUCCGAGGAAUUCGGCAUUGAAGAGAGUGGCGCGCAGAUUAACGUUGGACGGGCCAAGUCCGCGCAAAUCCAAGUUGGAGACUUCGAAGCGAGCGUUGUUCCAGAGCCCUCCCGCGGACCACCCUGGUCCUAGUAAGUUAUUAGGUGCGGCCAAUGUGGAUACCCUUAAAAUCAAGCGCGUUCUAUUCCCGACGACUCAGAAGAAAGAGGCCGAGUCCGACGAUGCGGAGCAAGCGCUCUUGAGAGAGAGCAGGAAGAGGAAGUGCGACGAGGAGCUGCAAGGGCCGCGAGUCAAGUGGUCGAAAAGCUUGUCCUUCGACUGCAUGCAUGAGUUAGAGACCAGCUCGAAGGUCACGUGGGACAGGCACUCGUCGAGCAAUAUUCUGCUGAAGAAUGAUUCGUCUUUCAGUCAGGAGAGAACCGAGCUCAGCGACGUGCACAGAAAAAAGCUACUUUGGGCAGUCGCCGAAGCAUUACGGAGCAAAGGCAUCGGCAUGAGCCAUCCAAGAUUCAAACAAUACGCCGCGAAUCUAGCGCGCACAAUCAAGAAGUUUAUGCCUGACCUUGAAAAUAAGAAUAUCCCGCGGAAACCUGGCAGUACGAGUGAUCGUAUGUUGAAAUUAGCCAAGCAUCAUGUACUGUUUCUCAUCGAUACUAGAUCAACGGAUUGACGGUACUUGGUGGUACAAAUUAGUCAAAUACGGAAAAUUGCAUACAAAAUUUUCCCUUUGGCGAGCAAGUGACCGAGUGCGGGUGCUUGUACAUUUAGCCGACGUGUGUUUCCCACAUACACACUGACUUUUAUUUAAUUUAAUAAUCUAUAAAACAAUGAAAUAUGUAUCAUAGUAACGAUGUAAGAUCUAAAAACGGGAUUUGUUUGUAUACUGUUAUACCCAUUUUGGAGGAUAUUAAAUAUUUUUUAAUCCUACAGGAGA